UCUCGUUGCCGUCAUCGUCGCAGCCGUUGGGGCUGUCUUUUGGUUGUCGUCGCCGUCGUCGUCGCUGCUCCUCUAUUGUCGUUUGUCGCCACAGCCAUAGCCACAACCAUUGCCAUAGCCAUCGCCAUCGCCUCUUCUUGUCCGUUGUUUCGCUAAGGCUCCUCCUGCGAUAAUGGCAAGAAAGAAAUUUGGAACGCGAACGUGAAUGGUUUUUUUUUGUGUGUUUUGCAACUUUUGACCCCGUGCGCGCAAUCAGGUCAUAAAAAUUGUUAACUCUAAAAGUAUGAAAUGAGACGAGGAGCUAUGGCCAUGCCUAUGCCCAUGCCCACUCUCUGUUGACUACGGUUUUGAACUGCACGUGGCACGGAUAGUGUGUGAAAGCUGUGGAGAGAGGGAGACACCGAAAACAAAACAAAGCAAAAACAGUGAAAAAGGAGAAAGAAAGCAACCAAAAACUUUCCGUCCAGCAUUCUUUUUUUAAAUGUACAUAGAAAUGUAUUGAACAAGUGAACCAAAUGUCAGGCUAAGAAGCAUCGGUGGAACCAACAGCAGCAGCGAACCGCAGAGCAGAGUGAGACCUCCACAAAAUUGGCCAUCGGCAGGCCACGGACGGAACACAAAACACGCACACACACACAAACAGCCUCACACAUAAAUACACAAGCACACGCACUCACACUUGCAGAAGAAUCAAGCUUAGCCUUUUGCCGCAGUCAUAAAAUAAUCAAGCCGAGGCAGCAGCAAAAUCAAGCCAAAAGGAAGAGGACGCGGACGUGGACGUGAACGUGGACAAAGAGGAGGAAGAGGCACUGCAUCAACAGCAGCAGCAUCAUCGUGCUGAUGUUGACGAAACAUCUCCGUUGGGAGGCAUAAAGCAAUUAGUAAAGGUUGAAUCCCCGCACGCACACCAGCACGUUGAACACGUGUGCAUACGUACGCACUGCCACAGAGAGUGAGAGAAAGACAUUGGAAGAGGAGAGUGCGGAGGGGAAGAACGGAAGAACAGAACGGAUCCAGGAUGCGUGGGGGAGUCAAUGGAGACACGCGCCCCCAAAGGAGUAUUUAGCCUAAUCGAGUGAUGCGCAGCACAGAAAUGCAGGGCGCCGCCGCCUUCAGCCUGCCUUAUUGCAGAUGCCAGAGAUGUCCAAGAUAACGGGGAAACAGCAGCAGCAGCAGAGCAAGAAAAAGAAGAGAAGGACAGCAACAACAACAGGAACAACAACAGCAACAAAAAGAACAAGAGGAGAAGGAAGGACACGACACACAAACAGCAGAAAGCGAGAAACGAAAAUCGAACUCUCCCUGUGAUAUAACUUGCACCGUAAUCGUAAAUCUAGCUUGUAGUUCAUCGUUAUUUAUCGAUUAACUAAUUAAUUAAUCUAAGCGCAACACUCUAACCUAAGUACAAGAUUAACCUCACUCCAUACUCGCCUAAAGCACGCCCCAGGAUAAUCUAUUUGCAACUAUACGGAUAAUACUUAUAUUACACUACCGCUGCUGCCCCUCUGCCCAAACCCAAACGGAAACCCAAAACCGAAAACCCAAGCAUUUGGAAUACUUUGCUGCCGCUCUGCUCCGCUGCCGCCGCCGCCGCCAGACCUGCGCCAAUUGAGAAAAUAAAACCAGGCUUUAUUCAAAGCUAAAUCUGAGAAGCUCUCCAUCAAAAGUGGGAGAGAGAGUGAGUGAAAGAGAGACCAAAAUCAAACCUAAACUCCAACAGAAUGGGAGAUGAGGCCGACAAACGUACGGGCAAGGAGAAACUGCUCUUCUACACGACUGCCUUCUUCAUCCUGCUGGGCACGUUCAGCCUGUUCGCAUUCCUCUUUCUGGUGCCGUUCGUCAUCGAGCCGGCCUUCACCACGAUCUUCAUGCAGUUCGAGGAGGUGCCGGCUUUGUGCGAGACCUACGACACGGAGAUCUUCUAUGGCGCCAAGAACUGCUCGUGGUCGUCGUGCCGCGAGGGCUGCACCAAGGACAUCUACACGUGCACCCAGAUACGGGUCAACUAUCGCCUCAAUCUGUACAACUUCACGGACGAGUUCAACUUCACGGAGUACCACAUUAACCUGAAGGAAUCGGAGCGCGUGAUACCGCCCGUGAAGCGCACGGAUCGCUAUGAGCGAGCGUUGCGGGACUACGAAUACGAUAAUCUGGGCGGUGGCAUCGAUGGCACCGGCCUGGACGUCGACAUAGGUGCGGGCGGAAGGCUGGAUCAGUUGAGCUUCGGUGAUGCAGACGGCUCCAAUGGCUUUCUGAUUGAGGACUCGGAUGAUGAGCGGGGUCUGAGUGCCACGGGCACCUUGAUCAACGACGAGCGCCAUCCCUUCGAUGAGAUCUCCGAGCUGAAUGAGGGUCUGAUGGGCAACAGGUCCAUGUACUACUAUGUGGGCGCCCGCCUCUUUCCCAAUGUGAAGGGGUGUGGCUAUCCGCCCAUGCUGAACUGCACCAUCUGGCUGAGGCGGUAUACGAAGAUCGGGAUGAAGUUCCCCUGCUACUACUCGAGGGUGGACCCCAGUCUGGUGAUCAGCGACCUGGACUACUGGCAGAACACCCUCAAUCUGGUGUACUCCAUGGCCAUACCCAUUCCCUCGUUCAUCAUUUCGGUCAUCUACUUGACGUACGCCUACUUCAAGAUCUACAACGAGGACGAGGAGACGGCGCCUCUCGAUAAGAAUGCCGAGGACAUGGACAUUGAUGAUAUCGAUGCCGUCGACGACAGUGACGGCGCCGUCCUGGCCGACAAUGUCGCCGGCAGCCAAAUCAUCAACAUGGACUCCACCACCAAUGACAGUUGUCUGGAGGGUGUCCUGCCCAAUGGUGGUCCCGGCAUGACCACCUCCAUAUCGCAGGGUGGCUCGGUCACAACCCCCGGUCCAUAUAUCGCACAAUCUCCGGCGGGCUCCCAGAUGACGCCCAAUUCGGAGAUGAACUCGUUCGGUCAUCAGUUGAAAGUUCAGAUGGCCGACGAGCUGUCCAGGGAUUCCCUGGAGAACGGUGUGCUCUCAACGUCCAACUCAGUCCAAGGAAACUUGAGCAAGACGAUGACGACGAGUAUCUCAACUCCACCUGGGCCGACAGCGGCAGUCUGAAACGUCAGGCGCAUGGUCUGGAAAAUGUUAGAUUCCGAUUCGGAAAAUGAGCCGCUGCUGGAAUCCUAA